CAGUCGCGCAAUGCGUGUCGGGAGAUGUAGUUCACUGAGGACCAAAACACAGGACUGGCGGGCUCUGACGGCGGCAGGCACACCGGGCAAUCUCCGGUAAUACACCGUGUGGGCUCUGUCCCGGCCUGGCAAUGAUCCAUGAGCUGCUGCUGGCACUGAGCGGAUACCCGGGCAGCAUCUUCACCUGGAACAAGCGCACAGGCCUCCAGGUAAUACUAUAUACCGUAUAUAUAUAUAUAUAUAAAAUAUUACAUUACAGUGUAAAUAUAUAAUACAUUAUAUAGAUAAUACAGUGUAAAUAUAAUACAGCAAUACAGUAUAUAGAUAAUACAGUAAUACAGUGUAUAUAUAAUACAGUAAUACAGUGUAUAUAUAAUACAGCAAUACAGUAUAUAGAUAAUACAGUAAUACAGUAUAUAGAUAAUACAGUAAUACAGUAGAUAGAUAAUACAGUAAUACAGUGUAUAUAUAAUACAGUAUAUAGAUAAUACAGUAAUACAGUGUAUAUAUAAUACAGUAAUACAGUGUAUAUAUAAUACAGCAAUACAGUAUAUAGAUAAUACAGUAAUACAGUAUAUAGAUAAUACAGUAAUACAGUGUAUAUAUAAUACAGCAAUACAGUAUAUAGAUAAUACAGCAAUACAGUAUAUAGAUAAUACAGUAUAUAGAUAAUACAGUGUAUAUAUAAUACAGCAAUACAGUAUAUAGAUAAUACAGCAAUACAGUAUAUAGAUAAUACAGUAAUACAGUAUAUAGAUAAUACAGUGUAAAUAUAAUACAGUAAUACAGUAUAUAGAUAAUACAGUAAUACAGUAUAUAGAUAAUACAGUAUAUAGAUAAUACAGUGUAAAUAUAAUACAGUAAUACAGUAUAUAGAUAAUACAGUAAUACAGUAUAUAGAUAAUUCAGUAAUACAGUAUAUAGAUAAUACAGUGUAAAUAUAAUACAGUGAUACAGUAUAUAGAUAAUACAGUAAUACAGUAUAUAGAUAAUACAGCAAUACAGUAUAUAGAUAAUACAGUAAUACAGUAUAUAGAUAAUACAGUGUAAAUAUAAUACAGCAAUACAGUAUAUAGAUAAUACAGUAAUACAGUGUAUAUAUAAUACAGCAAUACAGUAUAUAGAUAAUACAGAAUUUAGAUAAUACAGUAAUACAGUGUAUAUAUAAUACAGCAAUACAGUGUAUAGAUAAUACAGCAAUACAGUAUAUAGAUAAUACAGUAAUACAGUAUAUAGAUAAUUCAGUAAUACAGUAUAUAGAUAAUACAGUGUAAAUAUAAUACAGCAAUACAGUAUAUAGAUAAUACAGUAAUACAGUGUAUAUAUAAUACAGCAAUACAGUAUAUAGAUAAUACAGUAAUACAGUGUAUAUAUAAUACAGCAAUACAGUAUAUAGAUAAUACAGUAAUACAGUGUAUAUAUAAUACAGCAAUACAGUGUAUAGAUAAUACAGCAAUACAGUAUAUAGAUAAUACAGUAAUACAGUAUAUAGAUAAUACAGUGUAAAUAUAAUACAGCAAUACAGUAUAUAGAUAAUACAGUAAUACAGUAUAUAGGUAAUACAGUGUAUAUAUAAUACAGCAAUACAGUAUAUAGAUAAUACAGUAAUACAGUGUAUAUAUAAUACAGCAAUACAGUAUAUAGAUAAUACAGUAUUUAGAUAAUACAGUAAUACAGUGUAUAUAUAAUACAGCAAUACAGUGUAUAGAUAAUACAGCAAUACAGUAUAUAGAUAAUACAGUAAUACAGUAUAUAGAUAAUUCAGUAAUACAGUAUAUAGAUAAUACAGUGUAAAUAUAAUACAGCAAUACAGUAUAUAGAUAAUACAGUAAUACAGUAUAUAGAUAAUUCAGUAAUACAGUAUAUAGAUAAUACAGUGUAAAUAUAAUACAGUAAUACAGUAUAUAGAUAAUACAGUAAUACAGAAGAUAUAUAAUACAGCAAUACAGUAUAGGUAAUACAGGAGAUAGAUAUAUAUAUCUCCUGUAUUAUCUAUACUGUAUUGCUGUAUUAUAUAUCUACUGUAUUAUCUAUAUACGAUAUAUAUAUAUAUAUCCUGUAUUAUCUAUAUACUGUAUUACUGUAUUAUAUAUCUUCUGUAUUACUGUAUUAUCUAUAUACUGUAUUGCUGUAUUAUAUAUACACUGUAUUAUCUAUUUACUGUGUAUAUAUUUAUAUAUAUACGGUAAAUAGAUAAUACAGUAGAUAGAUAAUACAGUAAUACUAUAUAUAUAUAUAUAUAUAUAUAUAUAUAUAUAUAUAUGUAUAUAAUUAUAUUACAGUAUUUAGGAGUCUGGUAGCUGUCAGACAGCCUAGGCUUCAUUCAAACAUUAUAGCACAGCUCCUGGGACUGUUACAUUAAUUCUCUAAUUAUAAUAAUAAUUAGCACGUUCCUUUCACUAUGUAUAGUCAAUAUACCUAAAGGAACAUGCUCAUAAUUAUUAGUUUUCACCUAGAUGUGUUUCUUAACCUGUUUUUAAAUUCUGCCAUCCCUUUUUUUUGUUUAUUUAAAGGACCAGUAAGUUUAUCUUUAUUCCCUCACAAGGAUGCCAUGAUUGGAUGUUUGGAAGCAUUGAUAACAAAUGGUGCAUGGAAAUACCGCCAUGCAUCAUUUUUAAAGCUUAUUUUUUAUAUAUAGGGCAUUGAACUAGUGCUUCUCAUAGAAAAGCAUUGGAUGCUUUUCAUGCUUACACUGGUCUGAAUCAAUGCUUUCCUUUGGGGUCUUUUUGACACUGGAUGUCCUCAUGUACAGCAUGAGGACGUCCAGCAUCAGUUAGGCGACCAAAAGUCACCUAAGGACCCGGAAAGCGCCUCUAGUAGACAGCCACUAGAGGUGGAAUUAACCCUGCAAGGUAAUUAUUACAGUUUAUCAUAACUGCAAUACUUACAAUUGCAGGGUUAAGGGGACAAGGGCACUGCUCCCAGACCACUUCAGUGAGCUGAAGUGGCCUGGGUGCCUAUAGUGUCCCUUUAACUUAGUGUGUUUGUUUCUAGUGCUUGAAGAAAAAAACAUGCUCACCCUAGUAAUUUUUCUUUAAAUUGUUUUAUUCUUGAGUUCAGGCUACAUAAUUAUUUAAUUAGUGUCAUUAUUUAGGGAAUGAUUUUACUUGAUCUCAAACAAUUGGCUGGUGAGAAAUGUAAGGCUAUUAAGAGAAUUUCCACCAGGCACAGCAGACAUUGCUUGUCAAGUUUUCAGUAAUUUGGGAUCUGCAGUAGCAAAACAUGGAAAACGUCCCUACACUAGCUCAUCAUGAAAUGAUACAGUGACACUGGUGCAGAAUAAUCUGGUCCUCCGGUGGUGAUGUGUGAGACAAAUUUCUCAGCUAUGUCACUCCCCUGCCAUAUAUUUACAUGGCUUAUUCACAAAAGGGAGAAUUCAAAAGGAAUUUCAAACUUAAGGUCAAAAUGCUCUAACUCUGUUAUGCUUCCAAUUCAACUACUCUGGCCUUAAAGGACCAUUAUAGGCACCCAGACCACUUCAGCUCAAUGGAGUGGUCUGGGUGCCAGGUCCCUCUAGGGUUAACCCUGCCUGCUGUAAAACAUUGCAGCUUCAGAGACACUGCUAUUUUUACAUAUGGGUUAAUCCAGCCUCUAGUGGCUGUCUCAUUGAGAGGGCUUCUAGAGGGCUUCCGCGCUUCUCACUGUGAUUUUCACAGUGAAUGCUUUCCUACGGAAAAGCUGAACAUUGAGAAUGCUUUCCUAUAGAAAAGCUGAAUGCGCGCAUUCAGCCGAUGACGUCCAAAGGAUGAGGAAAGUCCCCAGCGCCGAAGAAGCCCGGCGCUGGAUAAAGGUAAGUGUUUAACCCCUUCCUCCAACUUCAGCCCGGCAGGAGGGGCACCCUGAGGGUGGGGGCACCCUCAGGGCAAUAUAUGCCAGGAAAACGAGUUUGUUUUCCUGGCACUAUAGUGGUCCUUUAAAUUUUAAACUCACUUUGAAUAACCUUGUCAGUCUCAUUGAUUUUUCAUUCACUAUUUUCUCCCUAAUCAUGCCUUUCCUCAAUCAUGAUUAUACCUCUUUGCUCCUUUUUCUGUUCCCCAGUCUUGCAUAUUCCUCCUGGCUCCUCCCACCUGUCUCUAGUCAUGCAUUGGGUAUCUUUUGUAUUGCAGGUAUCACAGGAUCUGCCAUUUCUCCAUCCUGGGGAAACCAGUGUUCUUAAUCGUCUCUGCAAGCUUGGCACUGACUACAUCCGAUUCACAGAAUUUAUAGAGCAGUACACAGGCCAUGUUCAACAACCGGUAAAUUUACUGUUGAAAUAUUUUUCAGAAAGAAAGGAUACUUCAUCCUGGGGUUGACAAUAUUUAAAAAAAUAAAUGAAACACACUUUGCAAUAUCUCUUGUUUGGAGAAAAUAAACAGGAUCUCCAAACAACACUAGCGGCUAAGAACUCUCAGCUAAACCUGAUGCUCUUAUUAAAAUAAUAAUAAUUGGUAUGAUAAACUUCUUUUUACCAAAGGAUUGAGAAAUGGUUAUAGCAUUUGUAGUGCGUUCUAUACAGUUCUCAAUAAAAUAACUGAAGUGCAACAAAGAUGGCAGAAUGCACAUUUUGAAUUUAUUUUAACAAUUUAGUAGAUAUACCCCAGAAAAACACAUGCAGAUCUGCUGUCUGCGGACUUUGCCAGUCUGUCCAUCUUUUAGGAAUACACCAAUCAGAGGCUUCUUUAUGAGCAUAGAGCUGGGGCUGCACGUGCGAUUACAGUUUUCCUAUGCUUCUCAGUAAACUGUGGAGUCAACGGAAGUGGAAGAAAAACUCCCUGGCUGUCUGAUUUUGGCAACGUUUUAUAAAAGUGAUGAUUUCUGUUGAAAUAGGUACUUUUAUAAACUGUCACAAAUAUGACAGACUCCAGACAUACAAAGCACUUCAGCGAGUUAAAGUUCUUCACGUGCCUAAAUUGUUCCAUUAUUAAUACCUUUUUAGGUAACUUUUUUGAUUAAAUUGUGCUUAUUUUUUUGUUUUGUUUCUUGGCCUUUCGGCUACGAUAGGAUCAAUUGUAAAUUGUGCUUCAUUCACAGUUUAAUCUUUUGUAACCUAAUUCAGUAUACCAAAAAGAAAAACUAAGUGUAGAUAUUUCAAUGUGGUGAGAAAUGGAGAGUUAAAAAAAACAACAAUCCAUUCCAAGCACCUGUUUCACUCAAAAUACCAUGUUAGCCAAUCAUUAUGCAUCUAACCUGAGGCAAUCAUCAUAUCUUGGUGUAGAAUGCAAUAUUUCAAGGAGUAAAGUUCUUUAUCAGAUUUUAAAAUGCUCUGUCACUGCCCCUCUCCAAAAAUGAUCAAAUCUCUAUGAAAUGCUCACAUUGGCUGUGUUGGAAAUUCACUGAAAUUCCAAAGCAGUCAAAACGUAUUUGAAGAUAAAUUGUGUAUGUAAGAUCUCGCAGGAUCCUUCAACCCCACUGCUGUACUACUGUGCAUGCAUAAAAGUACAACACUGAAGUGGGCUGCAAGCAGAUACCCACCAGUCAGGGUUGGUUAAGAUAAGUAAAAUUCUCCUUAAUAUGUCUGAAAUUUCCAAGUCUUACAGGGUUAUUCACUAAAGGGAGAAUUGCGGGAAACUCAAAGUACAUUUCAAAUUUAUGGUCAGUGUAACCAACCUGAAACCAUACCUGAUUUACAGCAUUUAUCCAGUUUCACUAUUUUGACUUUAAUUUCAAUCCCACUUUAAAUUCCUAACAAUUCUCUGUAUGUUCUAUGAUAACUACCAAAAAGCAUUGUCACGUGUAACAUGCCAAUCUAAAAGAAGAGCAAAAGUGAAAUCUGCAGGAAUACAACACAAAACCUCUUGAAAUGAUUUGGUCUGUACUCUUCACACACCUUAUCUGCUACUGUAUUACGUGAUACAAUGCUAGUCUUUAUUACACAAUUCAACAUGUUAAAUGGGCUCCCCUUUAUAGCCAUCAGACUUUCAUUGACGUAAGAAAUAAAAUAAUUUGAUUAAAGGCUUUUUUUUCCAUAGUGAGUGAAUGAUUGUUAAAAGCCUUAUGAAAUAUUUAUAGUUUUUUUUUGUUUUUUGUUCUUUUCUAUCAGGAUCACCAUCCUUCUCAACAAGGACAGAUUGGGCUUCAUGGUAUUUAUCUAAGAGCAUUUUGCAGAGGCCUUGAUUCAAUACUUCAACCAUAUAGACAAGCUUUACUAGACUUGGAACAAGAGGUAAGAAACAUACCAUCAUUUGACAUGGGAUAAUGUGGUAGCAGGAUUUAACUUUUGGGAACGUAUUUAAUGAAAUUGCUCAUUUAACCAUUGCUGUACAAUGACAUCCUGUUUUUAUGUCCAAUAACUCUUAAGUAACAAUAGGUGUUUGUAACACUCAAAGCAUAAAACAAGCUUUGUUCAUUCUACAUCACAAAGAUCAAUUCAAUGAAAUGUAAAAAAAAAAAUAAUGAAUUCGCAACUUCUGUAGAAACAAAACUUUUUUUAAAAUUUUUUUAAAUAUACAUGUCUGCAGUGAAUGGUUAUCGUUUCCACUCCAAACCUAUAAACCACAAGAUCUUGUUAAGAUCUUGUAAACUGCAUUCUGGCCCAUUGCCCCAUACCGAGAAAUGUUUUGUGAAUAUUGUUUAAAAAAAUUUUUUUUUAGUAGUUUUUAAUAAAUUUUACCUUCUUUGCUAAGUUGAUAAAAAAACAAACAAAAAAAACCCACCAUGUCCAAAAAGAAUAAGAAAACAUAUUUAAAAAAACCUUUAAAUAUAUAGUUGUCCUAUAGAUGCAUUUACUUUAAAACUCUGAACUCAUCAAAUUUUAUUUGAUUUAUUUUUUGGUUUCAGUUCUUGGCUGACCCACAUCUUUCAAUUUCACAUGUCAAUUAUUCCUUGGACCAGGUAUGUGCUUUUUUUUUCAUAUGGUUAACUACUUUAUUUAAAACUAAUUGAAAAAUAUACUGAUCAGCCCCAAUAUUUAAAAUCACUGACAGGUGAAGUGAAUAACAUUGAUUAUAUUGCUACAAUGGCACCUGUCAAGUGAGUGGGAUAUAUUAAGUAGCCAGUCAAUUCUUGAAUUUCAUGUGUUGGAAGAAGGAAAAAUAGGCAAGUGAAAAGAUCUGAGUGACUUUGACAAGGCUAAAAUAGUGAUCGGCUAGAUGACUGGGUCAGAGAAUCUCAAAAACGGCAAGUCUUGUGGGGUGUUUUAAGUAUGCAGUGUUUACUACCUAACAAAUGUGAUGCAGGGAAGGACAAUCUGUGAACAGAGGUCAGGGCCAUGGGCAUCCAGAACAGACAGUGCAUCCAAGUUUGCUGCGUAUGCGGUUACAUUAACACAGAACAGAGUGCCCUUGAUGACCCCUGACCACCAAUGAAAGUGCCUCCAAUAGGGACAUGAGCAUCAUAACUGGACCAUAGCAAUGGAAGAAGGUUGCCUGGUCUGAGGAAUCACGUUAUCUUGGAUCAGGUGGACGUCCGGGUGCGUGUGCAUACCUGGGAAAGAGAUAGCAGCAGGAUGCACUAUGGGAAGAAGGCAAGCAGACGUAGUGUUAUGCUCUAGGGUAUGUUCUGCUGGAAUCCUUGGUUCCUGGCAUUCAUGUGGAUGCUUAUUUGACACGUACCCUGAUGGCAGUGUCCUCUUUCAGCAGGUUAAUGCACUCUGUCAUGUUCCCCCACCAAUUCCUUUUAUUUUGGCAAAGAGUUCACGGUGUUGCCUUGGCCUCCACAUUUCCCAGAUUUCAAUCCUGUUGAGCAUCUGUGGGAUGUGCUGGAAUAACAAAUCUGGUCCAUGGAGGCCUCAAUGCAUCAAUGCUGUUUUGGCAGCACGAGGGGCACCCAUACAAUAUUAGGCAGGUGGUUUUAAUGUUGUAGCUGAAACAGUGUACCUCUAGUUCCUUACUUAGUUGCAGUUUAAUAUGUUAUUUUGUGAAAUGUUAUAUGAGAAUGCGGUUUACAUGGUUUUUAAAAUCUAAGUCCCCAUGACAUCCAUGUGUGUUCUUACUUUUACUCCAGUCAAUAUGUCUGAAAUUGUGUGUGUGUUUUUUUUUGUUUUUUUUUCUUCUUCCCAGUUUCAUCUCCUCUUUCCAUCGUUGAUGGUUGUGGUGGAGCAGAUCAAGAGCCAAAAGGUAUUGUUUAUUUGUAAACCUCAUAUAACAAAGCACCAUUGUAUAAUCAUUUUUUUUUUUUAAAGCAUUAGGCCUAUGUAGAGCGAACAGAGAAUUGUAAAUUAUUUAUUCACAGAUAAUCAUUUUUUCUUGUGCUUUAUUCUAAGUAGACAUUUGAUCUAUAAACAAGAACUUGCUAAUUUUUAUUUCUGUGAUGCUUGCAGGAGAGAGCUGUUAUUUCACUACUCUGAAUUAUAGUACUGCAUGUAACAAAUAGAAAUAGUACUCCAAAGAUGUCAGGCACUUGUGCUGAAGCCUGGCACCUAUCAAUAUAUAGCACCACAUGCGUUGAUUAUAUAUUUGUUUAUUCCACUCCAUAUAAACCUGUAGUGUACAGUCACUUAGUCCCUCUACUGCCCCUUUUUAAAAUCCAUGUUUUGCUAUUUUUACAGUCGCCGGCAGUUAUACUGCCUUCAGAUCCUUCCUAACAUUUUAUUUAUGUGAACCUUGAUCUCAUGAUGUUACUUGAAAAGAUGAGUCAACAAGUGCGUGUUUUUUACUUAAAUGUCAAAUUCAUUUGGAAAGAAAUAUUGACUAGAAUUUCAUGUCCUGCCAUUCACCGUAAAAUAGCAAGUCAGAUUUGUUGUUGCUUUUUAAAAAAAAAAUAAAAAAAUUUUCAUGUAUUAUGUCAUCCGUUUUGUUGUACAUUGUGAACCUAUUCUCAUUAACAGUGUAUAUAUAUACAAUUUACUUAAAAAUAAAUUGCAUAAGGCGUGAUUUAUUUGCAGAUUCAUGGCUGUCAGAUGUUAGAAACGGUUUACAAGCACAGCUGUGGAGGUCUGCCGCCUGUCCGUGAUGCCCUCGAAAAGUAAUUUUUUUUUGUUUUUCUUUUAUACAAAUCUGUUGCCAGUAAUGUAUGUCAAUAAACAUGUUUGGAGUGAUCAUAACAACUGUAGUGGUCAGUAACAACUUUCACCACCAGCCAGCAAUAUGUGUUGGGUUAGGGGGAUAUGGGAAGUUUAACAAUCAAAAAACAAGUCUUUCACAGCCUAUCACAGUACCCAUUGUUGAUAUGAAUUGGUAUGGCUAGAAGGUAGUGUGUAAUUAUCUGUGUUAGCCAUACUUCCACUAGGGACCAGGGCUGUGGUUGACCAGGGACCUUUAUUUCACGUUAAACUGCUUGAAAAUGAAUGGAGAGACAAUACCAGGGGACUCUAGGCACUAUGACCAAUUCAAUGGAACGAAAAGGCUAUAUAUAAUAUAUAUAGUGUUUUGUGAAGUGUCCCUUUAAUAUGGCUGUGUAUAUGUGUGGUUUUGUUUCUUUUUCAGAAUCCUAGCAGUGUGUCAUGGAGUGAUGUACAAACAGUUGUCAGCCUGGAUGCUUCAUGGUCUUCUCUUGGACCAAUAUGAAGAGUUCUUUGUUAGACAGGGAUCCGCAUCUGGCAGCUCAACUGCCCAAGCUGAUGAAGAAGAGGAUGACUUGGGUAUUGGGGGACUGACAGGAAAACAACUACGAGAGUUGCAGGACCUGGUGAGAUUAGAGAUGACUUGGCUCACAUUUUCUGAAUACAUCAAGGUUGUCCUAAUUAAAACAUACCUCUUCUGCUGUUAAAGAAUUUACAUAUCCUAAUAGGUUGUCACAUAAUGACACAACACAUUCGAUCAAUGCCAAGACUAAUCAACUUAUAAAGCAAUGCUGCUGGUGAUGCUUGUUUACGUAACAAAUAUUGAGAUGUUUUUGAAAUUAUUAUUUUCCUACCUAAUUAUUCAUGUUUGACAGCGCCUUAUUGAGGAGGAGAACAUGCUGGCACCCUCUCUCAAACAGUUUUCUUUGCGAGUGGAAAUGCUGCCUUCCUACAUUCCUGUAAGAGUCGCUGAGAAGAUCUUGUUUGUGGGAGAAUCUGUACAGAUGUUUGAAAACCAAAAUGUAAAUAUAUCUAGAACAGGUAGGAGACCUUUCUCUGUCUUUUUACUGCGCUGUCAUAUUCUAACACUAUGUUGGUAGUCUCUAUGUCAAUAUAGACUGCAUUGUAAAUGGUAAAUGUUUUGCCCUUAGAAACAUUGCAUGUUUUCCUGGCCUUGUACUGUGAGUACAGAUGAAUUGGCUGGUGGUGGUGUCAUUCUGGAAGUCAUCUGUGCACAUGUUAACCCAUAGUCCAAAAGUGUAGCAAAUGUUAAAAUGUGGACAACCAAGAAUGUUCAGUUGUAUUACAUUACCUAUUUAGCAUCAAUUUGUAAUUUUAGUUUUUGAUUUAUUUCCCAAAUCAGUCCUCAAGACCCAACAACAGUCAAAGUUUUGUCAGUAUCUCUAUUGGAAUGAAACCAGGAAAUACAUAAAUAAUAUAUUGCUGGUGGGCCAUGAGGACUGGCUUGGGAACCACUGGUGUAGAGAGUACUGAAAAAAACAUUGCAUUUAAAAAAAAAAAAAAGAUUUUUAGAAAACCUGAUUCAUCAGCAUUUUUUAGUUGUUUAUUUGUCCCCAACAGGUUCGAUCUUAAAAAAUCAGGAAGACACAUUUGCUGCAGAACUGCAUAGGCUGAAACAACAACCACUAUUCAGUUUGGUAGAUUUUGAAUCUGUUCUUGAUAGGAUCAGAAGCACAGUUGCCGAGGUAAUGAUUUUAACAAUUAGAUAAUUAUAUAUAUAUAUAUAUAUAUAUAUAUAUAUAUAUAUAUAUAUAUUUUUUUUUUUUUUUAAACAAUUAUAACUCUUAAUGGGUUACUCCAACCCAUUUGAGGAGGUGGGGACCUUUUCUGUGUAAAAUUCCUUAUUGGGCACUAUGGAAAAGGUCCACCCCAGCCUCGAUAUUCAACAAGAGCUAAAAAAAAUAUAUAUAUUUUUAUUUUUUUUACUUACCUGAAAUCCAAUGCUGGGCGAAACUCCCAUCACUGACCUCUAUGCCCCCUCCAACGACAUAAGGGCCUCGUACGGUCCAAUCACAGGCUUCUUGUAGAAAAGGCCUGGGAAUGGAUACAUUUGCUGACUCAGGGCACAUGCUUGUGCUCCAGGCCGACAAGACGAGCGGUGGAAGGAAGUGCCUAUAGGGAGGAAGGUUGGGAGGGGAGAACUAGCUUCCCCUCUGCCUGCAAGGGUAACUUUUUUUUUCACAUCUGUUGGCAGCAUGACGUGCGCUCUGGAAAAUUUAUUUUAUACACAGAAUUGACAUUGGCAGCCCGGAAAAGGCUGCCAAUGUCACGUGUGCUGCGGGUGCAACCAGCCUCCAGCACACAUUUUAAAAUAAUGCUGUAUGUACAGUGCUUCAAGCUGAAACCGUGCACAUACAUACUCCUACCACCAUUCAAAUUACUAAAGUGGUCCUGGUGGUUGGAUAACCCUUUAACACGCAAUUAGCUUUUUCCAGCUAAAGCUUAGUUGCAUGUACAAUCAAUAGCUAGUGUUAAGUGUAAUGUCUGGCUGCUGGUGAGUGCUGUAGAUGGAGUGCAUUGAUAUGAAACGACCUACAGAAAAUAUUUCCCCAAAUUUUAAUGGAUCAAAUUCAGCAAACUGUGUCUGAAGCCAACAAAAGUCUUUGUUGUGUUCCUUCAGAGUGUGAGGUUACGCUGUUGGGACCAAUAAAACCAGCCAGGAACAGCUUGGUUCAGUGUUCACAUCUUGAUGUUGCCAUUAAAAUUUGAAUGGAUGAUGAGGAUGUAAAAUUCCUUAUCUCUCUGAUAGCAGAGAAAGGUCAUUUAUUGUGAUAAAUUGUUCAAUUAGUAUGAAAGAAAAACUUGUAGAGAUGACAGUAAUAUUUUAUAACAUGUACACUUGUAUAUUUGAACAUUGAACUGGGAUCGAUGGCACCCUCAUAUACUUUUUGAAUAUAUAUGGAUUCACCUUUUGUCAGCAUGUUUUGUUUUCAAAUUUUUAUUUGUGUUAUUGUUUUUAGCACUUGUGGAAGCUUAUGGUUGAAGAAUCAGACCUUCUAGGACAGUUAAAGGUAAGAAAUGGCUCUGUAAGGAUUUAAUUAAUAUUGAAAAUGUUAAAACUAAACAGUGGGCUAGGACAAAAUAACUGAGGUACAUUGGCAGGUAUCUAGGAAAGGGGAAUUAACCACCAGUGUUUAAAUUGAUAGCUGGUUAAAGCAGUGGUAAUAUCACUGCCUUGGAACUUGGAUUCCCGAUCAGACCAAGUAAGUGUUCUAGAAUAAGACACCUAAUGAUGUAAAUCUACCUACCUCACAUCCUCAUAGAUUGUAUGCUGAUUUGAGCAGAGCCCCUUCAUAGCCUCUUUGUAUGAAUGUUAACGGCAUAUGGUGGCACAGUAAGGCAAUAAAGUAUUUGCCGAAUUGUGUGUUAACCUGAUGUACAGGCUUUAUCACAAAUUAUGGGGCAUAUUGGUUACCCAAUACUUUUCUGAAAGCAGGAUUUACCUGGUGCUCUUCUUCCUUGUGGACCUAUGUCCUUUCAUAUUACUUUGUUAAGGUUAUUUGAUGCUUAUGAGUGUAUAUAUAACAUGUAGUCAUCUAUCUGUUUCAUCUUUGAAAAGAAUUCCUUUUUCCCACAACAGGUUAUUCAUUUAAGGGUGACUGUAGACGCUAUAGCCUUUUCAUUCCAUUGAAUUGGUUACAGUGCCUAGAGUCCCCUGGCAUUGUCUCUCCAUUCAUUUUCAAGCAGUUUAACGGGAAAUAAAGGUCUCUGGUCAACCACAGCCAUGGUCCCUCCUGGAGGUAUGGCUAACGCAAAAAAUUACACACAUUACUUUCUAGCCAUACAGAUUCAACAAUGGGUACUGUGAUAGGCUGGUAGUGGUCAGGUUAAACUCUCUCACUCACAACCACCUUACUGCUCUGGCUAAUGCGUCCUCACUAGCCUAAGCAGCAUGGGAGGAAUGGGCUGCUGGCGACUAUUGUUUUGCAUUAAAACCUUUACCACUUCAAUGAGUUGUGGAGAAUUGAAAAGGAAAUUGCAUGUUUAAAAUUGCUGAGCUGAAACAUAAGUGAUUUUUUGAGUAUUUUUCCCUGUCUGGAUAAUUUGGCCUAGGAUCUUUUAUUCCCUUUUCAAGAUUAAUAAUAAGAUUUUAGGCUUUUUGUCCUCUAGUUUGUAAUACCGUUUUCACCUACAUUGUUUCUAAAUCACAUUGUUCCUAACAUGGCUUCCACUCAAACCUCUCUCAAAAGGUGGUAGUGCAAUCCGCAAUAUAUGGAGUUCUCCGUAACCAUUUGUUUUUUCACUGCGUCUGAAAUCAAUUAUUCAACUCUAAAAUUGGUUUAAAGGCCCAAUCUUAACUUGUAAAAUGAGCUUGGAGACCAGUUAUUAGAUUAUAAUGUAACACAGAGCAGAUUAAAUCUGCAAAACACCUACAUUAGACUCAUCCCAGUGUUAAGUGGGUCACUAAUGAAGGCAAAUCUAUUGCAGUCAUCAAAUUACUUCGGUCAUAUUCUUGGGGACUGAAAGGUUUAAUGCGCUUGCAUCAAUCAGUGGGAACACUGAAUUAACACAGUGACCCAAUGUUGGGCCCUAACCCAAGGGUUAUAAUCCACUGUUUAAACAUGCCUUUACAGAAAUACAAACUCCUUAUGUUAUUUAUUUCAAGUGUCACUCCAGACAUGUUUGUCUUGUUCAUUUUGCAAAAAAUAGAUAUUUCAAUAGAAAUUUAUACUUUUCUAAAUUAACCUUGUUGCACACCGCUGGCUUUCAAGCAGGUAACUGGUCCUGUUACUUCCUGGUUUGAUUGGCCCAGUGGCGCUACCCUCAAAAGGCAGACAAUAAUUCAGAACACCUGACUUGCAAAUACUUCUCAUUGAGUUGCAUUGGGAAGUCUGUGAUUGGACAGCCACAGGAAGUCUAGGCGGAGUUAGAAGGGGAGAGUUUGCAAGGCAGCAGACAAGAGAACUGCAGGUUUUGCAAGAGGAUUUUAGAUAUACACCCAAUCAGAAAAUGCGUAAAAAUAAAUACAUACUUUCAUUUGGGAAAUAUAUGCUAAACAGUGAUUUAUUUAUUUUUUUAUUGUUUUUGUAUUUUGUCAGUGGAGUGUCCCUUUAAGUUUUUAGCAGAGAGAAAUACAUUAUCUAAUUCCCUGUGCAAAUCAUAUAUUUUUUUCCUGUUUGAAGGAAAUGAGUGCAGUGGAUUUGUACUUGUUUAGCAGCAACGGACCAAUCCACCAUCUGUUAUAAGAAAAGUGAGGUGGACAAAACAAUCAGACAUUGUUGUAAUACGUAUCUUUAAUUAGAGUGGAGUAGCUUUAAAUCAAUUUGUUUAUUUAAAUACAUCUUUAGUGUUCCCUGUUGAGGGAUGAAAUAUGAAGUGUAUUUAUGACAUCUUUAAUCCUUUCUAAUGUUUAGAAUUAGUAGCAGGUAUGUAUGUUGAAAUGUUCCUUUCCUAAACUAUUUUAAAAUUGACAUUGAUACGUAACGAAGGCGAUGCAGUGACAGCAUACAGAAUGAUCGAUGCUACUACACUCACCACUUAAUUAUUAUCGAACAAUAAUCUAAAUCCCCAUUGUCUCAAAAUACAUUUUCAACGAGAGUUUAAGCUGUUUAUAAUAUAAUUGUUUUGAUGCUUGAUUCAAAGAUGGGGCAGCAGUUUGGUUCAAACAGUGCUUAGUAAUGUGUUGUGGUUUUUGGUUUUUUUCCCCAUUAAUCAUCUGUUCUCAAUGGCAUUCCAGAGAUAAUGCUGCUGUAUUUAUUAUUGUAGAUUAUUAAGGAUUUCUAUCUUCUGGGAAGAGGGGAGUUGUUCCAAGCCUUUAUUGAUACUGCUCAGCAUAUGCUGAAAACUCCUCCCACUGCAGUAACAGAACACGGUGAGUCAUUGAACAUCAUAGGACAUCAUUAAAAUAUAUUGCUCAGUAUUAAAAAUAUAACCACUUGUCUGAUUGCUACACAGCUGAGCAGGUUAUAAAAACAUGUGUGCUCUGCCAUGUUCCUUCAGUAGUGUGUGGUCGAUUUGACUGCCAAUCUUUCUUUUUGGGAGGCAUUUAUUAUUAGUUGUACUUACAAAAGUAAAAAAACCACAGGUUCAACAGGAUGAGAACCUCAAACAAGAUUUAUUUGAAACAUGAACAUAAAAAAUACUCAACAUUUUGUCGUUGAGGCUUAAUCGUGUGUAUAUAUACAUGAUUAAAGGGACACUAUAGGUACCCAGACCACUUCAUCUCUUUGAAAUGGUUUGGGUGCACUGUCCCUCUAAGGGCAAUGUAACACAUUGCAAUUUUAGAUUAACUGCAAUAAUUACCUUGCAGGACUAAGACUGCCUCAAGUGACAUUCUAUCAGACAGCCACUACAGGCACUUCCGGGAAUUCUAAAGGACUCGGAGUCCCUUAAACAAUGCUCAAGGUUCUCAUGCUUUGCACGAGGACAUCCAGCAUUCGUCAAAUCCUCAUUUGAAAACAUUGAGGCAAUGCUUUUCUAUGGGGAGGGUCUAAUACGCUUCCCGCGCAUGUGGAUAAUGUCCCCCCAUCGAGGAGGCAGAGUGCCAACCCAGUGCUGAGGGACAUGCUAGAAUCUGGUAAGUGACUAAGUUUAGAAAAAAAACGAAACAAAAAACCUUUAUCUGCUAUGGGGCGGGGCCGCGAGGGAAGAGGGGACCAAAGGGCACCAUAGUGUUAAAAAUACAGAUUUGUAUUCAUACCACUAUAGAAUCCCUCUAAGGCCUCAUGCCAAAACCUUGUAUAUUUUUUGUGUUCCUGUUUCGAAAAAAAAUCUUGUUUGAACGUCUCAUCCUUUCGAACCUGUGGAAUUUCUACUUUUGAUUAUUUAUUUGGAGAUUGGUGUCCUUCAUACUACGGUGUACCAGGUUGAACUUGGGUUCACUAUUUCCUAUCCAUUGAGUGCCACACCAUUACUACUUGAAGAAUUGUGCUCACAUAUAGAAGCAAUACCUGCUUGUUUUUUGUUUUUAUAAUGAAAUUGAUUAUCUAUGUUCUUUUGUCUAUAUUUAAACUGUUGUAGUUUGCUCAGGAGCAGGGUCUUCAGUUCCUUUUGUACUGGUGGUAUGUGUUCAUUUUGUCUGUAUUACCUCUAUUGUACAGUGCUGUGCAAUAUGCUGGCACUAUAUAAAUAUAAAAUAAUAAUAAUAGAAUGUUUUGGGGAGUGUGUGAAAGAAAGAACCAAUUGUGUUGAGAUUUUAUACAAUUUAAAGUUAUUUUUUGUUUUUGUAUCAGAUGUAAAUGUUGCAUUCCAGUUAUCGGCACAUAAAGUUCUACUUGACGAUGACACUCUCCUUCCCUUGCUCCAUUUGACCAUUGAUUACCAUGGAAAAGAACACAAAGGUAUAUCAGGUAACUUAGUUAACCCAGAGUUCAUGAGACAAAGUAAAGUUUCCUUGGUAAAAAAGUGGCAUUCCAGCCAUUUCCAAUCAGCUGUUCUUUGCAAUGGUUGAUGGGAACAUACAUAUUUUUGCAUGAUGCGCAAUGUAUAAAUAGGACAUCUUAUUGUGUAUAGUAUCUCCCAUCAUCCUCUGUUUUGUACUCCUGUACAUGAUCGGUGUAACUCCUGGCAGAUGAAGCUGCCAGGAGCUAAAGAUACAUGAAGAACAUAGAGGUGUCAAUGAGGGAUGGUAAGUGUGUCUCUCAAACUAUAUUCCCACCCGUGGUGCCACCAUAGAAGUGGAUAUCUUACUUUGAGAGUUCUUUGCUGAGGACAAUGAUCCUAAAAUGCUAUCUGAAAGGGUUCAAAUAUCAUACUACACUAUCUAUGGUGGAGAAAUCUUAAUACUACUUGGCUAUUGAAUAACACCAUAUCAUUCAAAGGUAUAUGAGCAAAAUCUUUAUAAUUCACAUUUGUACAUCUUGUUAUAUUCUAUGUGAAACAAUAAGGAAAAUGUGUACAGGAGUGUACCAAUGUUUCGAUUUAUAAUUUUUUUUAUUCAGAAAAGGCUUGCAUUUUAUUCUGUUGACAAUUUAUUUUGGGCUUUGGUACUUGACUCAAUAUCACUCCACUGAUUUAUGGACAUAGGGGAAUUUACAAAAUCCUUUUGUGUUCCUGUUUAUAAUUUUUUUUUUUUCUCUUUUCUCGCAGAUCCAUCCCAGCCGCGUGAAGUUCCUCCACGUGAUACAUCUCCUAGAGAAGCUCCCACCUCUGGCUGGGCUGUUCUGGGAUUAUCGUAUAAAGUACAGUGGCCAUUGCACAUUCUUUUUACGCCAGCGGUUCUGGAAAAGUGAGUAUUAUGUCCCAUUACACUAAAAAGAGAGGUUACAUAUAACUGAUCAGCAGAUUCAAAUGUACAUGUACAGAAAAUGUAAUAAUAAAAUAAUUUUUAAAAAAAAGGAAACAAAACAACCCUGUUAUUCCAGCAUUAAGAUGGUGUGUUCUCAAACUGAGCUCAGUACUCUUCAUCCAAAGAUGAUGUCUGUAUUCUCUUUCAGUUAGAGGCUUAUAGAUAAAUUUGGAUGUUAAUUUUAUCUUUUAUAUUCUUGUGUCAACAGUUUUUUUUUGUUUUUUUUAAUAAUUUUUUGAACUAUAUUUAAAUGUGCUUGCAUUUUAAAGGCACACUAUAGGCACCCAGACAACUUCUCAAUAUAGCUCCCCUCCCAGUUUAACCCUGCAAGUGAAAACAAUAUUUUAUAGCAGGGUUUAAAGGCUUCUGGUUGCUCAGCCAUUAGACUCACUUCCUCCGAAAAAACUCUAUUUUAAUUUAUUGAGCUCAGCCAAAUAGGUUGGAUGGCAGUGCAGUGAGGUGGCAUGAGGCAUCACAGGUGUUGCGGGGGAGAAAAUAUGGGGAACCUAUUAAAAUAAUUAACAGGUUAAGGAGGACACAGUGUCCCCCCCAAACCACCAGCUAUUAGCAUGAGGGGCCCUAAAUGACAUUGGGUAGGGGUUGGGGUUUGUUCGCUUAUUACAAAGAGGGAGCUACCGGCUCACUGCUCCCUCCUUGUAAUAUGUAAAAAGAGAAGCAGCAGGGAGAUGUGUUCCUCCCCCACCCCUCAUGCCACCCCUCAUUUUAUGGCUGUGCAAUUUCACUCAGAGCACUCUGGUUGAUUACGUAAACCACAGUUCUGUGACAGGUACCUGCAAUGCUCAAGCUUUUCACGUCAGAGCACCCUGAUCUUGAGUCUUACAUGCUUGGCUUAUGCAAACCGAUCAGAGCAUUCUGAAUCAAAUUGCACGGCGUGGGAAGACUAUGUAACCCUUUUCCCGUCAUACAGAGAUCAGUCUGCACAGAGCCCUCCCCCUGUAAAGAUUUUUUUUUUUGCGAUCAACUGCCUGCUCACUGUUUAGUAGACAUGCCCCUAGUCACAGCAUAGUGGGAAGGGGCAGAAGAGAGUUUUAUAACCUACCUUAUUUAUUAAUACUUAGUAUUUUUUACUUCGUGAUAGUAAAGUUGGCUGAAAAGCCAAUUUCAGCUUUUUUUUUUUUUUUUAAUUUCUUUAUUUUUGAGUCGACACUGAAUGCGGCAUAGCAAAAUACAGCGGCUCACGCAGGGGCCGAUUACAAGGCAGUUUUACUUAGCAUACAACAAUGGUUAAAAUGUUUUAUAGGUUAGGAGACAUUGUUUUUUUGCCGCUCUGUGUCGGUUUCAAUAUUGGGAGGCAGUUCUUGCCCGAUCAUAAACGCUGUUCACUGGGGCGUGCGGCGGAUCCAGGCCCUUCCAGGGCCUCUGUCUUUGUCCUGCUUAUGUGAAUUUAAUCGUCGAGAUAGUCUUCCCAAGGUUGCCAUAUUUUAUGAAAUGUUUUCUCCGUGUUCCUAAUUUGGGCUGUGAGUUUGUCCAUCAAAUGUGUAUCUUUCACUUUAACAAUCACAUCAUUGUCUGUGGGUAACGUGGGCUUAAGCCACGCCUGGGCUAGAGCCCUUCUGGCCGCUAGUGUGAUUUUAUUAUAGAGCUGUUGUUCUUUUCUGGGGAGGCCGUCUAUGGGCUUGGACAAUAGGACCGACCAUGGGUCUAGAUCUAUACGUUUCUUCAGCACGUCAGUUAGUAGUGUCUGUAUGCGCUUCCAGUAUUUUUUUAGUUCCGGGCAUUCCCACCACAUGUGCACAAAGGUGCCUUUACCUCCGCAGCCCUUCCAACAUGUGUCUGUCGUGGUUUUCCCCAUUCUGUGUAGCUGCACAGGUGUGGUGUACCAUCUCAUAAGCAUUUUAUGACUGUUCUUGGUGCAGUACACAGAUUGAUGUUUUAGCUGUUGCCUCCCAAAUGUCCACCCAGUCCUCUCCUUCCAAUGUCACCCCCAGGUCCGUCUCCCAUUGGCCAAUGUAACGUGGGUCUUUAGCGUCUUUAGCUGGGGCGCUGAGUUGUGCGUAUAUAGUGGUUAUUAAGCCCUUUUGUACGGUUUCGGCGUUACAUAAUUGUUCAUAGAACGUCAUUGGGGUGUGGGCUGCUUUUUUGACCUCCGGGGUUUUGGCGAAGUCUCGUAGUUGGAUAUGGCGAAAUACAUCUUUUGUGGUCAGGGGCGCUAAGGUUUUCAAGCUAUCGAACGUUCUGAAGGAGUCCCCCUCAUACAUAUGGCCAUACCUCUGCAUCCCCGUACUCUCUAAGCCCCUAAAGUCUCAUGCGCUCAGCCCGGGUUCAAACGCUUUAUUCCUCAAAUAUGGGGUUAGUGGUGAGGAGGGUGUGUGUUUGAGUGCAUAUUUGGUGGCUGUAUUGUCCCAUAUUCGUAUGGAGUUUAGGAUUGCCGGGCAGGUGGUCCGUAGGGCAGGUCUGUCCUGUCUGGGCACCCAUAUCCAGAAUUGUGGGAGAUCCGUGCUCAUUAAUUUCGUUUCCAGGUCGACCCAUCGGUGUGAGCCUUCUGGUGCGUGCCAAGCUAUUAUUUGGGCUAGUUGAGCCACCAAAUAGUAUUGGUACAGAUUUGGGAGUCCUAGUCCUCCCUUUGACUUCGGUCGGUACAGCACUUGCCUAGCUACUCUGUGUCGUUUCUGUGCCCAUAUAAAGUUAUCUAUGCGUCUUUGUAGCGUCGUUAGGUCAUGUUUAGUGACUUUGAUCGGCAGGGCUUGGAAUAGGAACAGCAGGCGAGGUAGCAACGUCAUUUUUAUCGCGUGUAAUCUCCCUAUCCAUGAGAUUGGUUUUUCUUGCCAUUUUUCUAUAUCCCGGCAUAAUGUUUGCAAUGUGGGUGUGUAAUUCGCGUCAUACAGUCUCUCUGGUUCUGCGGUUAGUUUAAUCCCUAAAUAUUUAAUGUAAGUUCUUGUAAAGUUGAGGGAAUGAUUGGCUUUUAUGGCAUUGAUCUCCGCCGUAUCCAUUUCCAAUGGCAUGGCCACUGAUUUUUCUAAAUUAAUUUUAUAGUCUGAUACCCGUCCGUAAUCCUCGAGGAGGUCGAGAAGGUGUGGCAGGGAACCCCGGGGGUUGGCAAGUGUGACCAUGAUGUCGUCUGCAUACGCAGAGACUUUGUAUUCCUCCCCUCCCGCCCUAAUGCCCGUUAUGUUCCUAUCCUCCCUAAUCCUCAGUAGAAGAGGCUCUAGUGCUAGGACAAACAGCAGGGGGGAGAGGGGGCAGCCCUGUCUGGUGCCAUUGGCAGUCUUGAAUGGGGUCGGAGCUGUCCCUGGUACUGCCGUUUGCGCCUGUGGUUCUCUGUACAGGGCUUUUAUGCCCUUUAUGAAUGUUUCCGGCAUACGCAGGUGCCCCAAUAGUGAGAAGAGGUAGUGCCACUGGACCCUGUCGAACGCCUUCUCCGCGUCCAGGGAUAGGAUCAGAGAAGGCGUCCGGGUCCUCACCGCCCACCAUAUGACAUCCGCCCCUCUCCUGGUGUUUUCGUGCAGUUGCCGAGAUGGUACGAAGCCGACUUGGUCCGGGUGGACCAAUGUACCCAGGAGGGGAUUGAGGCGCGUCGCUAAGAUUUUUGCAAACACCUUUACAUCGAAAUUAAUCAGCGAGAUAGGCCUGUAGUUCCCGGCCUCCGUAGGGUCUUUACCUGGUUUGGGGAUGAGUGUGAUGUCUGCUGUAAGUGUUAAUUUCAGCUUUUUUGUAGAUAGCUUCCUAAUACUUGUGGGUAUUCAGUCAAUUUGCCGGCGCCCUAGUCUAAAUGAUAGGACAGUCGUAACUGGCGGAGUAGGGUGAGUAUUGUGGGGAAAUUUUCUCUGACACAGGAAAUGGAGCUGACUUAAGCUCCUCCUUGUUUAAGAGAAUGUCAGGCGUAGAACAAAAUACACAAGACAAAGUAGUCCCUACUUUAUUUCUGAUCUAGUUUUCUUUAAAAUAUAAGAUAAAGAAAAGAAGAACAGGUUCUGAAAGAGGAAGCAUUUGGGGAAAGGCAAGUUCAGCAUGACAGUGCCACUUUAAGUCCACUGGAGCAACUGUCAAAGGGAGUCCAUACACAGUUAGGACUCUGGGUAACCCUAACAAACCAUAUGUCAUUGUUUUUUUUUUUUUUUUUUAAACAUUGUUUAUCAAAUAAUGAUGGCCACUUGUUUUCUUUUAGUUCAGUUUGUUUUAUAUCCUGUGUUAGGUACAAUGUCGUUUUCAAAUACCUGGUGAGUGUACGCAGAGUUCAGUCUGAGCUCCAGCACUGCUGGGCUCUUCAGAUGCAGAGAAAACAUUUGGAAUCAAAUCGAACAGAUGCUAUAAAAUGUCGGCUACGGAACCACAUGGCAUUUUUAGUGGACAAUCUCCAGUAUUACUUACAGGUAAGAAAUGUUACCUGUCUGUGAAAUAAUGGUCUGAUGUAAACCUGCUGUUAUGAGAAUGUAUGUUCUUUUAUAUUCCAAUAACAAAACAAAUUUACAAAUAAAAUCUGUGCAGACUCUGAUAAAACCACUCCUUCAGACAAAGAAUUUCACAUCAUUAUUGUUCUUACUGUUAAAAUUACUCUUUCAUUUUCCUUAGGCUAAAUCUCCUUUCUUCCAGUCUAAAUGUGUGACUGUUUGUCAUAUGUGUAGUCCUGUUUAGGAAUAGAUUUCCAGACAAUGGCUUGUAUUAUCGCAGAAUAGCGCUGUAUAAUGCUACCAUAUGCCCUCUUAGGUGCCGUUUUUCUUCAUAACUAAAAUGUUCCAAUCCUUUUAUUAUUUUUGUAGCCCGCCUCUGCCUUUUUUCUAGUGUCAUAAUAUCCUUCUUAAGAACAGAUGCCCAAAAAUUUAAUAUUGAAGUUGUGGUCUUAUCCUUGAUUUAUAAAGAGGCAAAAUUAUAUUUCCAUCCCAAGAUGUAAUGCCCCGUUUUAUGUAUUACAAUACCUUACUGAUCUUAUGGCUGAUUGACAUUGCACGUUGUUGCCUAGAGGUCUAUAAUUUCCAGGCAAAGAUUUUGAAUCAUUUUUGAAUAUAGGAACCACAUCUGCCUUCCUCCAAUCCUCCGGUACAAUUCCUGAAAGAUUAAAAACAGAGGUUCAUUUAUUUCCACUCUAAGCUCCUUAAGUACUCAUGGGUGAAUAUCAUGAGGCCAUUGGGCUUUGUUUACUUUGACUUUCUUUAGUUGUUAAUUUUCCGUCUCUUGUAUAACAGGCCAAAAAUAUAGCAUGCUGACAUAAACUGUAAUUCCACUAGAUGUCUGCAUCGCAAAACAUUACCAGUGGGGAUCUAAGACCAUUUUUCAGUAACAGAAUGCAUGCACGUUUUUUUUUUUUUUUUCACAUAAUAUUGAGUCUCUUUAUAAAUAAGAGGUAAAAUAAGGAUUGCAGAAACUGAAAGGGAAAAAAAAUUUGAUUAUCAAGAAACUGUAAGUUGUAGAGAUGCAUAUUAAUGAAAGUAGGUUAAGAGACGUUCAUCUCGAUUUUUGUUUUUCUUUCACUCUAAAUAGAAGCAUUUAUAAUUCCUUUAAGUGGCUUACAGUGUGAUUUUGUUAUUAUAUUUGCUUAUUGUAUUCAUAUAUACAGGACAGUCAUGAUCUAAUGGUAUUUGCCUAACUAUUUCAUAUGGAAGUUAACUGAAUUGUACAAUCUUAAAUUAUUAAAUCAAUACAAAUUUGACGUGACCGUCAGGAUUAGUGAGCUAUGCAGUAACUAUGCCAGGACAACAAAGGAACCUUAACCCCUUAAGGACACAACUUCUGGAACAAAAGGGAAUCGUGACUGAAUAUUUUCGGCAUGUAUCCUUAAGGGGUUAACAUUUUAAAAUGUUUUUGUUCAUUUUUUGCUAAAAAGUAGGUUGUGUUUUAAAGACCUCUUUACUAAAAAAGUGACAGGUACUUUUUAAAGGUAGGUGUACUGCUUUGGUGCUUUGACCUGGACCUACUGGUGUAUUGUCAAUCUUUGUGUGUUAUAGCAGACAUCAUGUAAGCUUGCAUUAACUUACAGUGUUAUAUGAUCUUGUUAGGUGGAUGUCUUGGAAUCACAAUUCUCUCAGUUGUUGCAGCAGAUAAAUUCUACACGUGAUUUUGAGAGCAUUCGUCUGGCCCAUGAUCAUUUCCUCAGCAAUCUUCUAGCCCAGUCAUUCAUUUUACUCAAACCUGUAAGUGGAAUCCGUGAGCUUUUAAACAAGAAUGUCAUGACCUUGGACACACAUCUGAACCACCUAUCUCUCCUGCAGGUCUUCCACUGUCUCAAUGAAAUCCUAGAUUUAUGUCACAGCUUCUGCUCGUUGGUGAGCCAAAAUCUUGGUCCGUUAGAUGAACGUGGAGCUGGCCAGUUAGAUAUACUUGUAAAAGUAAGUGCAUUCUCCCUGUGAUUUGCUGUUAUUCAGAGUGCUGGUUUUGGAGAAAUUUGAACUAUGCUCUCUUUUAGGGAUUUAGUUGCCAGUCCUCUCUGCUGUUCAGGAUUCUUUCCAGUGUCCGAAACCAUCAGAUCAAUCCUGAUCUGGCGCAGCUGCUUCUUCGAUUAGACUACAAUAAAUACUAUACCCAAGCUGGAGGAACAUUGGGAAGGUAGGAGUGUUGUUUGUAACAUACCACACAUUAUGUUUAGGUAGUAAACAAACUGGAGUUUGGAGCCCCUAAUGAGAUAUGUGGGUAGUAUUGUGGCAAAAAUUAAUGUGGCAAAAUUGACCUGAAAGAGGCCCCACCUUCGAAAAGUAAAAUAUAAUAAUAAGUGGCGGAAAGGAUAGGCUAAAAUUACUUCUGUCUUUGUGUUGUAAGGGUUUUGGAGUAAGACAGGUAUUUGGACUUGAGCCCCCUCCCAUUUCAUAUGCUAAUUUUAACUGUUAUAUGUAUUAUGCAAGUGUCAUUAUUUUAGAUAGCAAAAGAAUUAAUUUCACCUUAGUCGGGCAUUUAAAGUCAUGAGAAAAAGAAAGUACAGUCUCUUUGAAUUCUAUGGUUUUACAUAUUAGGACAUAGCAACAAUCAUCUGUUCCUUAGCAGGUCUUAAAAUUAUGUAAAUACAACCUCAGAUGUUGGGUACCUGUUACUAUAGGAAUAAAAGUUCCAUAAAUAUUCUGCUGGCCAAGGCAUUUUUGUUUAGUUUUGUAAAAUUGGUGGGCCUUCGUAAUCAGCUUUUAUGCAUUAACAUGUUUUGAAACUAUAGUGAGGGACCUGCAUCAAAAUGUGGCAGCUGUUAGUUUUAUAUGCCCUUUGAGAUUGCUACCUACCUGUUAUAAAUAAUACGGUGUGUUUUUAGUUGUAGUAUUAUGUAGUUAAUUGAUACUUUCAUAAACAUGGUCCUGCUAAAUGUCUUUUUAGAAUUAGCACAAAUUAAACAGCCUGCAGUGUGAUUGUGAUGUAUAAUUUACAUAUGAUUGGCAUGCUAAAAUGGUCAAUGUUUCUUCCUUUAAUAAGCAUAUUCAGUCUGGUGCAGUUGUAAUCUCAGCUGUUUAGCGGUUGCGGCCUUCAAAUUUUAAUAUGCAUGAGUAAGGCCGUGCAUGGCUCAGAACUCAUUUGUUGUUAGAAUGCUCCAAUUUUAAUGUGUACAUUGUGGCUCUGUCACCUUCACUGAUUUUGGUGCAAUAACUACCAUAAAACUGAAGAAUGAUCCUUGUGCAUAUAGUUUUCCUGGCUAAUCAUGGCAGCAUCACUUAUGGGUAGCUCCGCCCUAAUCAGGAACAGGACAGGAUAAAAUCAAUUAAUAUGGACCAGACUGGGUAUAAAAGGUCCCUCCUCCUUCUAUCCCACAGUCUUUUUUCCUGUCCUUUCAGGACACACAGGAUAUUUUAUUUUGGGCCACCUUCCCAUGUGUACCAUGGGCCUCCAGAUGAAGUUCAGCCUCUCUUCAUCUGAAGAACUCAGUAAACAGCCUGCACGGGCAGGACUAACUGAGUUUAGUACAGAUUAGCAUCUGUACUAUUAUGAAAAAAAAAAAAAAAAAGUUCAAUCCAUUUUGAUGUGGGGUCGGCUGUUGCCUUAAAAAUUCCCCUUAUGGCAUCUAAACCCCCCCCUGAUCUGAGGUCAGUACUGGGGAGAAGCUAGGGUAAGUCUUUGUGUUGUAGUUUUCUCUUCUUUUGGUUUAUGAGAUUGCUGGGGGUUAGACUCUCAGCUUCCUACUGUUAGGUGAGCCGCAUAUAUUCUAUUUGAUUAAGGGGGGAAAAGAGUGCCAUUACAGGCCUAUAAUAUAAAGUAUAUUGGCCUUUUAUUUCAGCCCAGAAAAAUCUCAAGAGAAUUCUCCCAGAAAAUAUAGAGAAAAAUCCAACAGAUGUGCAAACUGCAACCAAGUGGCUCCUCCGGGAAAUAAUUUGUGCAGAUCUUGCCUGACGGAAGCAGCGAAGGACUGAGAUGAGAAAAGUUCCCCACAAGCGGACUUAAAGAAAUGGAUUUCAGAAGCUAUAGCUGAAGGGUUUAAAUCCUCUAGUAAGAUGGCUAUCCCCAAGCGUCCCAGAGUGGAAAGCUUUGUAGAAUCAGAAGAGGAAUCUGAUAUGAUGGAAGACUAUUCAGAGGAAGAAGAGGAUGAGUGUGACUCAAAAUCUCUGGAUUCCAGGUCUGUGGAUAAGUUGGUUUAUCUUAUCAGAGACACGUUAAGAAUUCCUGAAGAAAGCAGGGAGAAGAAGGAGUCUGACAGAUACUUUGAAGAUCUGAAGCCUAACAGACCCACCUUUCCAGUUCAUUCGGCCAUCAAGGAGGUAAUAGGUGCAGAAUGGAAUAGACCUGAAAGGAAGGUGACUUUAAAGAGCAAAGUCCCCAGAUUAUACCCGUAUGCACCUGAGGACUGCAAAUCAUGGAUUUCGGUUCCGAAAAUUGAUGCAGCAGUCAUUCACAUGGCGAAAAGAACAACUCUUCCCAUAGAUUCAAUGGCAUAUUUAAGAGAGCCAAUGGAAAAGCGAUUGGACGCUGACCUGAUUAAGGCAUACCUAGCCCUGGGAUCGGCAUUACAUCCAGCCAUCGCUCUUACCACCUUGUCCAGAGCUCUAAAAAUAUGGGUUGAUAAUCUAGAAGAGGAUAUUGCUAGUGGAGUCCGUAGAGAACACCUGAUGGAGGGCCUUAAAGAUUUAAAACUGGCCACAUAAUUCUGUUCUGAAGCUUCCCUGGAUGUUACUAAAAUGGUAGCUAAAAGUAUGGCGCUGUCAGUUGCUUCUAGGAGAGCAUUAUGGCUUCACUCUUGGGGUGCAGAUUACGCCUCUAAGGCCUCUCUAUGUGCGCUUCCUUUUCAAGGGGACCUUCUGUUUGGUAAAGUCCUGGAAGAAGCGAUCCAUAAAGCAGCAGAUGGGAGAAAAGCUUUUCUCCCCCAAGGGAAGAGAAGAUUUAGUGCUUCCUACUGGAAGGAUAAGAAGUUCAGAGACCGAUCCUUUCGAGAUGUCAGGACAUAUAGACCCGGAAGAGAAUACUCCAGGAAUUCUAAUUGGAGAAACUAUCAGUCCUCUUCAUCAAAACCGGUUAGAGGAAGAGGAUCUAGACCAGCUAAUAAGAACUUCUGAACGUUUGCUGGCCCAGCCAGAUGUUAUAGGAGGCAGACUUCGCUUCUUUUAUCCGGUUUGGGCCAAAAGUAUUCAAGAUUCUUGGGUUCUUUCUAUCCUCAGGGAAGGAUACAAAAUAGAAUUCAAAGAAUUCCCUUCUCAAACCUCCUUUAUCCGUUCAAGAGUAGCAAGAGGAAGAAAAGAAGUUGCUCUGAACAACAUUAUUUCUCAACUCCUACGAAAUCAGGUCAUAGAGAAAGUCCCUUACAGAGAACAUUACAGAGGCCACUACUCUACGAUAUUUUUGGCCCCAAAACCUCACGGGAAAUGGCGUCUAAUUCUGGACCUAAAAGUUCUGAAUACAUAUCUGGUUCCAAGAACAUUCAAAAUGGAGUCCAUUUCCACAAUUCUGCCCAAUAUAAAGACAGGGACCUGGAUGACUUCUAUCGAUCUCAAAGAUGCCUACUAUCAGAUACCUAUUCACGUCAGUCAUCGCCGGUUUCUGAGGUUUUGGAUCUCGGGGAAUCACUAUCAGUUCAAGGGACUUCCUUUCGGCUUAAGUCUGGCGCCCAGAACAUUCACGAAAAUUCUAGUUUCGCUGGUGGCCUUUAUAAGGACGAAGAACAUCGAGCUUUUUCAUUAUCUGGACGAUUUUCUGAUCGUAGGUCCUUCCAGUCAGAGAGUAAAUGUCCACACGUCAAUAACCAUCAAAUGCCUUCAAGAUCAUGGUUGGCUGAUAAACCCCAAAAAGAGUUCUUUAGUGCCUUCUCAGAGGAUAAUUUUCCUAGGAGCAAAUAUAGACUCGGUGAAGGGCCUGGUAUCACUGUCUUCAGACAGAAAAGAACGGAUAGUGAAGAAGAUCAGAAGGCUGCGUCAAAAAUCCUACAUCACAGCAAGAGAUUUCAUGAGCCUGUUUGGGUCUCUUACUUCCACGAUAGGCCUAGUGAAAUGGGCCCAGUGGAGGAUGCGACCCAUUCAGAGGCAUUUUCUCUUACAGUUCAAAGCAAAACCUGGAAAUUGGGAUCAGAAGAUUCGUUUUCUCCCGAGAAUUUCAAAAGAGCUGUAUUGGUGGACAAAAGAAAAAAACCUCCUUUGUGGUUUUCCUCUGGAAGAGCCGGUUUGGAUAACUGUAACUACAGAUGCCAGCCUCCUGGGAUGGGGAGCACACCUGAACAAUUUUUGGAUUCAAGGAACUUGGUCAUGGAAGGAGUCAAAACUUCAUUCGAAUUUGAGAGAAAUGAGAGCGGUUCUCAAGGCAUUAAUAGGGUUCCGUCCUCUAUUGAGGGAUGCCUGGGUGAAGAUACAUACAGACAACAGAGCAGUGGCUUCCUACAUAAAUCAUCAGGGAGGCACUCGAAGUUAUUCUCUACUAAUGGAAUUGUCCCCAAUAAUGAGGUUUGCGCAACGACAUUUACAAGGAUUAAAAGCGGUUUAUCUUCCGGGACCAGAGAAUUUAUUGGCGGAUUAUCUCAGCAGAACAAGGAUUCUCCAAGGAGAAUGGAAACUGCACCCAGAAUUAUUUCACUUCAUCACCCUGCGGUGGGGAGUACCCCAGAUCGACCUGAUGGCUUCGUACAACAACACUCAGGUGAAGAGGUUUUACUCCCUACAUGCGGAUCAUCGAGCAGAAGGACAGGAUGCCCUGUCUCUUCCAUGGGAAUUCGAUCUGGGGUACGCAUUCCCUCCCCUACCAAUGAUUUAUCGACUGCUGAGAAAAAUAUGGAAGGAAGGUCUCAAAGUCAUCGCCAUCAUCCCAAUCUGGCCUCGCAGACCUUGGUUUCCCCUGCUGAACAAGAUGAGCCUAGAACCUCCUUGGCCUCUUCCUCUCAGACCAAACAUCUUAAUCCAGGGACCAGCUGUUCAUCCCAACCCCAGCCAGCUGAAAUUGGGGGCAUGGCUCUUGAAAAGGAGAGACUACUAGCUCAAGGGAUCCCAGAAGCUGUGGUAACUACUCUCCUUAAAUCCAGAAAAGUAUCUACUUCUUCCUGCUAUCAUAAGAUUUGGGAAGUUUUUCGUUCCUGAUCUCAAGACAAUAAUGUGGAUUUUCUUCAGCCAUCUAACAUCAACAUUCUACAUUUUCUUCAUACUGGUCUGGAGAAAGGGCUGAGUCUUAGUACCCUAAAAGUCCAAUCAUCGGCUUUAUCUGCUCUCUGCAACAAGUCUUGGGCUUCGGAUCCUCUAAUUGCUAGAUUCUUUAAAGCAACCAUCCGUAUAAGACCUCCAAAUAGGAACUACACUCCUCCGUGGAAUUUACCUAUGGUUCUAGAGGUAUUGUCUGAAAACCCCUUUGCUCCAUUAGAUGAGCUGGGUAUCGUCUUAUUAACAUAUAAGACCUUAUUUCUGGUGGCUGUUACUACUGCAAAACGCAUGUCGGAAAUUCAUGCAUUUUCCUGUGAUGAAAAUCACUUUCAGGUAUUCCACGACAGGGUGAUCUUGAGACCCAGACAAGAGUUUCUGCCGAAAGAUGUCUCGAAUUUCCACAUCCUACAGGAAAUUGUUAUUCCUUCCUUUUAUCCAUCUCCUUCUACUCCAGAGGAAGUGAAACUUCAUCAAUUGGAUGUCAGGCAGUGCCUGCUUAAGUAUAUAGAGGUUUCUACUCAAUUUCGGAAGUCUCAACAGCUGUUUGUUCUUCCGAUUGGUCCCAGAAGAGGGGAGGCAGCCUCUACUUCCACCUUGAGACGUUGGAUCUCCAAUACCAUAAUCAAGGCUUAUCAGUUGAAAGACCUUGUUCCUCCUAGUAGGAUCAAGUCACACUCUACAAGGGCUUUAGCAACAUCAUGGGCUAAUUGGGCAGAAGUUCCAUCUGACGACAUCUGUAAGGCAGCUACAUGGUCUUCUCCUCUCACUUUCAUCAAACACUACAAACUGGAUUUGGCAUCUUCCUCUACGGCUUUUGGUAGAGGUGUUCUGUCCUCUGUGGAAUCUAUCUAAAUUAAACUUUUUUCAGCAUUAUCUGGUUUGGAGUUUUUUUUGAAAUUCCCACCCUAUGGUGAAGCUUGGGUAUUACCCAUAAGUGAUGCUGCCAUGAUUAGCCAGGAAUACAGAAAAUUUUAUCAUGCUUACCGUAAUUUUCUUUUCCUGGCUAUUAUUCAUGGCAGCAUCAGCAACCCCCCCUUGUUAUCAGAUUUAGCUUUGGAACUAGACUGUGGGAUAGAAGGAGGAGGGACCUUUUAUACCCAGUCUGGUCCGUAUUAAUUGAUUUUAUCCUGUCCUGUUCCUGAUUAGGGCGGAGCUACCCAUAAGUGAUGCUGCCAUGAAUAAUAGCCAGGAAAAGAAAAUUACGGUAAGCAUGAUAAAAUUUUCUGUAAUCUUCUUUACAGUAAGAUUUAUUAACAUUGCUACAGUCUAUGAAAUAAAUAUUGGAGGACAUCAGUCAGUCCCGAUAGCUUUGAUCUUCCCCUUUCUUCCUCACCGUACAUUAUUACCCAGUAAAGUUCUUUUACUGACUCCUAUGGAAACAUCUAAACAUGUUGAAUUUUAUUGCAUGAUUUGCUCAUGUUUGUUAGAGCUAUUAAGGCCAUGAUUUGUACCAAUGCACUACAUGUGAUUCCACAUGGGCAGUUGACUCCUAACAUGUUCCCUAAAUUUCAUAUUACAUAAUAUUUUUUUGGAUUAUGGGUUAGUAAUUAAAUGACACUCCGGGCAGCAACACAACUUUUGAUGCUACUCUCCUCAUUUAGCAAAGUCUAAGAAAGAUUGCCUCACUUUCCAUGAGUGAUCUACUGUAUGUUGCUUUGUAGUUUAGGACAGGACACCCAGAUAAACCUGUAGUAAGGAUAUCACUACCUGUUUGUAGUUUCUCUGAUUGCCAGGUUGUGAAUUAAAAACUGCUCUCAAUGCUGUUGCCUCAGACUGUUUGCUAUCAAAUGAUAAGGAAAUCUUUCUGGUAGGAAGAAGCAUGGCUAAGGAGGCAGGCUUAUGGUGGAGAAUUUGCAAAACAUUUUUAAACAGUUGACCAUACAAAAAAUAUACAGCAUAUGAGCCCAAAACCUAUCAAAUUUAUUAAAGUUGUAUUGGUGCCAGAGUGACCCUUUAAAAAUCUUCUUUCUAGGGAUCAUAAAUAUAAAUUGCUUUUUACUGUUUGUCCCUCCCUAUUUGAGGGGGUUAGGCACUACAGAACGCUCCAAAAUCAAAUAGGUAACAAUGAACGCUCACCAUUUUGUCUUCAGGUUACCAUCCGAUUUUUCAAGUUCUCAUCAGCUGAACUUUGCUUUAGUAUCUAAAACUCUUCUGGUAUGGUCAAUCUAGAGAUUAAAUCUGCCACAUAUUGUGGAGCCUACAUUUUGACUUAUUACUAUAACCCUGAUCUGCAGUGGUUUUCUUGGCAGGAUCUGUUUCUUUAGCUUAUUCUCUCCAGGUAGGUCAAUUUUUCCAUGUUUAUUAUGCUCUGGAGCAUACCACAUAUUCCUAAUGAAAAUUGUAGGAAUAUGUCCCUAUGCUACAGCUUACUCCAGGAAUGGUAAUAACUGAUUAAUGCACAACCUGCAAAUUGUGCAAGCUUUCACAUACUAUUUUAAAACAAAUAUUUGAUGCAUCUUUUUAUGCACUACAUAGCAUUUUAUAAAAUGAGUGACUAAUUGCUGGGGUGUUCUUUUGCCAAGAUAAAAUAAAGCAAUUGUAGAUAAAAGUUGUAUUUCCUUUGGCAGUAAGCUUCUAGGAUGGUUAAUUCCAUUCCAUUAGACCAGUGGUGGGCAGAAAGUAGUUUCCAUUAAUAGCAGUAGAAUGGUAUUUUUCUCUAUGCGGUCACCAUGUCAGGAAAACACAAAACAUGCUUACAAGAUGCAUUUUAUGUAUAACAUUGUAAGUACAUUUCUGUUUGGGUGCCUCAACUGCCCAGUUUCUCUUUCUAGAUGUCACAUCACUCCUGUCUCUUAUACAGUUCUGCCCUUCCCAUGGGCUUCUGUAUCCCACUAUGGGCUAUUGCAAUACAGAAAUACACUACUAAUGUACGCAUACAUUUUCAGUUGGGGAAAGAGGAGUUUAGUCUUCAAAUAAAAUGUCUGGACUAUUUUCAGUUUUUCUGACCAAGAAUAUUUUCUUUCAGCUUUGGUUUAUGAAUAGAAAGUCUUAGCAUGUCACCAAGGAAGAGCUGUGUGAAAACGACGGACAUCUGACCAAGAGGAAAAAAAAUAAAUAAAUGUCGAACGAGAGGCUUGUCUCCAUCUAUGAAUCCUUGAAGGAGGUACAGAUAUCUGAAGAAACCUCAAGUGUUACCAAAUUAGAGUCUAUUUUAUUGCAACAAAGAUGGGACAAAAACUGAAAAUUUGACUUUUACAAUACAUAGCAGCUGUAUAGUAAACAUUAACUGUGUUGGGUUAAUUAGUCUUUAUCUGAGAGUAACACAUAAAAAGGUAUAACUUAACGUUGCCAGUAUGUUUGACAGAACAUUUCUCAUAGUUACCUAGUUUAAAGGAACACUUCUAGCACCAUAACCAUUAGAGUGCCUUGUAGUGGUAUGGUGCCAGGAGAGCCUUGGUGUCCACCCAUUGUAAGUAGUAGUCAAACUGUUUUAAGACUUCUUACCUAGAGUCCUCAGGGUUCUGCUCCCAGCCUCCACUAUUUCCAACACAGAGCUGGGAGGACUCUACUUGUUGGAACUAAAGGAAGCUCCUGCUUUGGUGUUUCUGGCUUUCCAUAAAAAAAUAAAUAUAAAAUAAAUAAAAAAAAAGCAGAUCCCAGGUAAGUGAAACUGUUCUAAAAUGGCUUGACUUCUUACAAUAAAAGGGGUGGCAGGGUACUCCUGGCAUCAUAAUCACUAGUGCACUUUGGUGAUUAUGGUGCGUUGAGCUUUCCUUUAAUUACAAGAAAAGAUGGUAAGAGGUUUUUCCCCCAAUUUUAUUCCAUCAUGUUUAAACAAAUGAAAAACAUUUUAAUGGUUUAAGAAAACAGUUCCAAGUAUGUCUUGUUUGCCAAGUCUUCCAAUCUCAGCACCAACAAAUAAAGUUUCUUAUGAACCUUGUCAUAACACUGUUCUCCACACUGAUUUACACGCUGUAUCAUUUACUCAUGGAACAAGGUUUCUCAGUGUUGAUCAGAGUGUGCCUGUGGCCAUAGAGGUUGCCAGCUAGGAACCAUUAGUCUGCUUUAAUAUAAGAUGUGGUCACUCUAGAAGCAUAUAUAGCCAUUAUGUUUUGAUUCAUCAAAUUCUUUGAAAAUCUUGUACGCAACAUAAGUAUUUUGAAUGGAAACUGGUGUAAUGAAUGAUUUGGUCACAUGAGAAUGUAUGCAUCUUUGUAAAUUACCCUACUACCCUUUGCAUUGACGUCACCAACAUGAAUACUGAAAAACCGAAUGCAACAUACAAAUGGAAAGGGAGAUGGACAAGAUAUCCUUAAAACAAGGAGAUUCAAUUUAUUUUUCUCAUAAAAGUCCAGCCGAUAAAAGUAUGUACAGUGAGAACAUGCACAUGUUGAGUAAACACAAAACAUUUAAAACUACCUAAAACUUCAUUAAAACACAGUAUGCACAAUGCAAGGAGCAGCAAAGGGGAGGAAAGAUAAAAAGGGAGGGGAUAUCCAAUGGCGACCCCUUAGCUUGGAACGUAGUCAUGGUUAUAUUUCUGAUGUGUGUGAUAACCAAGCUUCUCCCCAUUUAUCAGACAUUGGAUAACCCACUCUUGAGAAACCAGUGGAAGAUUCAAGGCCUGGGCGCAUUUUAAAAUGGAUUCUGGACAUGAACGAUCUGUGACCACCACAUCAAAAACUCCCAGUGCAACAUCUGAAAAAAAAAAAGAAAAAAAAAAAAAAAAUUAAAUUACAAUCCCAAAAGUGCAUUCAGAAAUCAUUAGCAUUUAACUUGAGUUA